UAAUUGCGGGACUUAGAGAGCAACUGAAGGCGUGCACUAACCUUGUUGAGACCAUAAUCGAUACGAGGGUUCCUCUGGGGGGGAACUAUUAGCCCAUUGAAAAUAUUACGAGAUGUCGCUUGCAUAAAUGUUAUGGACUUGCGUUGGAACAAAUUAAAACACAUUAUUGAACGGGUUGCAGCGGAGCCAACGAUAUCCUCUGUAUACCAACAAAAACACCCAGGCGUGCCUUCUGUUUUUAAGGUGGAUAUGUUUUGCUAGCAGCUAGCUAGCUUACAUUGGGGCAUUGUGUCAUUGUAAACACUGCGUCAGUUGUGUAAGCUAGCUAGCUACCAAAACAAAAAAAACAUGGGACUCGCAUAUUGUUAAAAGGAGGCUGACUCCUUUCAAUGCGUUACCUAAACAUGAGAGAAGAAAGUCGUUAUUUCUUAUUAAGAAGACAGUUCAUGACAAUUGAAAGACGGGGGGAACUUUCCUGCUGCCCUAACUUCACGGAGGAGAAAGGGACUUCCGAGAGAGGAGAUAUGCGACCGUGCAACGCUUGUAAUUUUACUUCAAAAUAAAACCCCGAGGUUCUGGAGCGAUGGAGACCGUGGGGAAAUUCGAGUUCAGCAGGAAGGACUUGAUAGGACACGGUGCAUUUGCGGUGGUGUUCAAAGGCAGGAAUAGAGAGAAACACGACUGGGAGGUGGCUGUGAAAUGCAUAAAUAAGAAAAGCUUGGCAAAAUCUCAGACCCUUUUGGGAAAAGAGAUCAAGAUACUUAAGGAACUAAAACAUGAGAACAUUGUUGCAUUACAUGACUUUCAGGAAACGGCCAGUUCUGUAUACCUGGUCAUGGAGUACUGCAAUGGUGGGGACCUGGCGGACUAUCUGCACUCCAAGGGCACCCUGAGUGAGGACACCAUCCGGGUGUUUCUGCAGCAGAUAGCUGGAGCCAUGAGGGUGCUGCAGGUCAAGGCUAUCAUCCACCGAGACCUCAAACCCCAGAACAUCCUGCUCUCCUACCACACAGGACGCAAGUCCCACUCCACCAACACCUGCAUCAAGAUAGCUGACUUUGGGUUUGCCCGCUACCUUCAGAACAACAUGAUGGCUGCCACUCUGUGUGGGUCCCCUAUGUACAUGGCACCCGAAGUCAUCAUGUCUCAGAACUAUGAUGCCAAGGCUGACUUGUGGAGCAUCGGUACCAUUUUGUUCCAGUGUCUGACUGGGAAAGCCCCGUUUCAGGCUAGCAGUCCCCAGGACCUCCGGCUGUUUUAUGAGAAAAACAAGAACCUCAGCCCCAACAUCCCCAGAGAGACCUCCUGUCACCUGAGGAAUCUGCUGCUGGGUCUUCUGCAGCGCAACCACAAGGACCGCAUGGACUUCGAGGAGUUCUUCUGUCACCCUUUCCUAGAGACGAGCUCGUCCAUGAAGAAGACUCCUGCUGUGACCAUGACAUGCUUUCCCAGCUCUGCUUCAGCAAGCUCCUGUAGCAGCUCUUCCAACUCACAUUUAGCCUCCCCACCGCAGUCUCUGGCUGAGGUCCAGCAGCUCCGCGCCAAGACCCUUGCCUCCCCUACCCACGAUGCCCCUGGCCUUCUCCUCAAGGACUCGUCUGGAGGUGGCUGCAGCAGCAGCAAGAACUCCUCUUGUGACACAGACGACUUUGUAAUGGUGCCCGUCCACUUUCCCACAGGUGAGCUCACCUGUGACGGCCCUACUGGGAAGGUGUUCCACGACAGUCUGAUGAACAGCGGCUCUCUACUGGCCUCUGGUGGCCUGGGCAGUCAGGGCAAGACCCCACCCCACUCCCCCUCCUACAGUGGCUCCCACAGUCCCAUCAGUCGGCCAAGUGAGUCCUCUGGCGGUAACUACGGUAACUGUGGUAACUACGGUAACUACGGUCAGUCAGUGCCCAUUCCCGUUCCCACUCAGGUCCCCAACUACCAGCGCAUGGAGCAGAACCUUCACUCCCUCUGCCAUGAUGGCUCCCCACAGCUGUGUACGCUGGUGCGUGGCUGCAGAAACAAUAGUUCCCUGGGAUUCGGGAGGACUGGCCCGUCGCUGCCUUACCCAGGAGGCCACGGGACUGGCCCAUCGCUGCCUUACCCAGGAGGCCACGGGACUGGCCCGUCGCUGCCUUACCCAGGAGGCCACGGGACUGGCCCGUCGCUGCCUUACCCAGGAGGCCACGGGACUGGCCCGUCGCUGCCUUACCCAGGAGGCCACGGGACUGGCCCCUGCAGGCUGUUUGUAGGAGGGGCCAGACCCUUCCAGCUUCCUCAUCAAGCUCUCCAAUUCCCCGACACACGGGCUCCCCCUCAGCAGCAAGGUCUGGGCACCCGGCUCCACAGCGCCCCCUGUCUCCUGGAGGCCACGAGUGGUGGCGGCAGGCAGAAGAUCAGGAAGCAGCACUCAGACCCCGUGGUGGCCAACCUGCAGGCAGGCGUGAUGGCUAUGCGACCCCUGCACUCCUCCCCCAGGCUGAGUGAACUCAUGCAGCGCAGCCCCCUCCCCACCAUCCUGGGAUCCCCCUCUAGAGCCUUUCCCUUUGAGUUCCCCAAACCUCCCAGCUCCCCCAACCUGGUGACUUUAUUGGCCCAGCAGGGUCUGGUUCUGGCCCCGCCCAGCAGCCAGGCUGCCUCAAACCACAGAUACCCAGGACAGCCUCCUACUGGCCAGCUUGGGCAAUACAGCCAGAGGACUACAGAAGACAACAAGAGCUUCGGCAGGUCUCAGAGUGCAGGUCGUCUGUCUGACAUGCUGCUGAUGGCUGCGUUUGGAGGAGCGCUGGGGGAGCACGGCAGCACUGAGAACCUCAGCUCAAACAGAGACAUCACAGCGCCCUCUGGUGGUGGAGCCGUGGCAGAAGGCUCAGUCCUCCCAGCCCAGGUGGUGUUCACUGUGGGCUCCCCACCCAGCGUCAGCAUCCCUCCACAGCCCUCCACGACCAGACAGUUCUCAGGCUCCUCCAGCUCCAUAAGCCCAGUGGGUUCUUUUACCAGCCGAUUUCAGACCGGCACCUAUCUGGACGGCUUUGAGGGUCCUUCCAGACCACGCUACAGCUUCAAAGACCCAAUUACGGCCAACAUGGGGGGACCUGUUAGCUUCCUGGCCCCUGAGCUGCCAGAGGAGACACUGAUGGAGCAGGAGCACACAGACACCCUGAGGAGCCUGCGCUUCACCCUGGACUUUGCCCGCUGUCUGAUGGAGGUGGCAGGGGUCAGGGGGGCUGGGGCGAAGCACGGGGACGCCUCUCCGCCCUCUCUCCUGCAGCAGCAAAGCCUAGUGGCUGACCAGAUCAGCUCCCUCAGCCGGGAGUGGAGCGAUGCGGAGCAGCUGGUGUUGUACAUGAAGACUGCAGAGCUUCUGUCCUCUGCCUUGCACACAGCCAUGGAGCGCGUCAAACAGGGAGAACUGUACCCCUCUGCUACUGUCAAACAAGUGGUCAAGAGGCUGAACGAGCUGUACAAGUCCAGCGUGUCGUCCUGCCUCUCCCUCAACGCACGGCUGGAGCAUUUCUUCUCCCGCAAGCACCGUCUCAUGGACCACGUCAAUACCAUCACCGCCGAGAGGCUGCUGUUUAGCCACACUGUUCAGAUGGUGCAGGCUGCUGCUCUGGAUGAGAUGUUCCACCAGGGAGAGGCGUCGGUGCUGCGCUACCACAAGGCCCUGCUGCUGAUGGAGGGCCUGUCCCUGCUCCUUACCGAGCAAAACGACAUCCUCAGCGUCAGCAAGUGUAAGGAAUGCAUUGAGCGUCGCCUCACAGCUCUACAGUCAGGGCUAUGUGUUUGAGGACUCUGCUCAGCACCCAUGAUGCUGCUAUGCUAUGAUGUCACUCAUUCUGGACCGGCACCACCAUGCCCAUUCAACCUCCCAACCAACUCUGUAUCUUCCCCCCACCCUCUAGUUUCCAUGGAGAUGUCAGCCGGUGGGGGCUAUGUGUGUUAAGAAGGGCCUAUAGUCUGGACAGGGUAGACUCUGGACUGGUGGUUUCUGUGUCUGCCCCACCACCAAGCACUCUUAGGUGAACUGAUGUUGGAGAUGAAGGGCUUGUGGGGGGGGCAACUACACUCUACUCCUCUGUGUGUCAGACAGGACCCCACUAAACGGACUGACUCUCUGCAGAGCCACACACACACACACACACCCACACAUACCCGGACCAAUCACAGUCAAGCUGUCUGUCUGCAGGACGAUGCUACUGCAGUCUCACGUCUCACUCCAUUUAAGCCUGUCAGUAAUUCAGCGCAAAGCAAUCACAAAUGAACCUUCACUCCUAAGACAUGAAGUCUUACUAAAUAAGAAGCCACUCAGUGUAAAAAAUAUAAUAUAUAUCUUUUUUUGGUGUGUUUUUCAGGGAAACCAGAAGAGUUUAAGAACGUUAUCCCAAUUGCAUGGCCUGUCACAGCCCACUGGCCUGUUUGUGUACAUUUUUGAGUUGUAUGUUGAAAAUAGGUCAUUUUAAGUUAUGGACCUUACCUGUGAUAGAUAGAACAAUAUAUAGGUGCUGUUACAGAAGUGUUUUACCUUAUUUAUCCCUGUCUGACACUUUAUUGAUGCUUCAUUUGCCAUAUUAAGAAUGAGAAUGUUGCCCAGUAGGUAGAUUGUCGGAAUCUAGAAAGGUUUGCUGUCUGUGCCACUGGGCCUUUGACCGGAUGUUAAAUAUGGACAGGAAAUGGGCCUCGCUGAGCAUUUCCCUUUGACCAGCCAUGUUGGAAGAACAACUGGAACCACAUAACUCCCCAUUCAGCUUUUUAGUCAGAGUGCUUGAGAUGAAUCAUCAUCUUAUUAUUAUUUCAAAUUAAUUAACAAAUUAGACAAAGGAAUAUUGGCCGAAUUGGAAAAGAAACCAAUUGCCACUGAUCUCUAACCAAAUACGUGAGAUUUAGUUGUGCUUUAUAUCUUUCAUAUCUUCCCCAUUCAAACCUCUUAUGGAGUCCAGUCACAAUCAGUUUCAAUGUAGGUCUGCUUGUAAAACUUGCAGUAGAGUUGCCAGACUGGACUACACCUGUCAAUGACUACUGGUGUUGUUGCACUGUGUUGAGGUUUAUCAGUACUGUACAGAAAGAACAAGGUGGGGGGGGGGGGUGAGUUAUAAGAUGUACAUGAAACAUAUAUAUUUAGUUUUUCAUGUACAUGCUUGGAGACAAUCUUGUUUUGGGAGUUAUUUCUAUGGUUUUUAUUGUAUUUUUAGGCAGUUUUGUGUUUUGUUUAUUCAUUAUCAGAUGUUGAAGUGUGAUGGUUGUCUUAAUCUUGACAGGGAAAUGUCAUAAGCUAUUAAACUUUGAAAGGUGCCUUUUGAAGAAGGAAAAAAUAAGAAAAAUGCUUAAAUGUGUAACUGAAAAAAAUAUUUUUGUUGUAUUGAGUAGCCAAAAUGAGGACUGAUGCUUGUGUUGAAUUUUGAAAAGCAUUACAGUUUAUUGAAUUGUAGUGGAUUGGUUGUGGAAUUUACAAUUAGAGGUGGGUGGAUAUAUUUCCCUAACCAUAGCUUGUAUCCUCAAUAAUAACCAAUAGGGGAUGGACAAAAUAUCUCACUGUGCAAUGGACCGGUGGUUAGAGGCAACCUCUACCCACUCGAAGAAGCGUGUGUGUUUUGUGUGAAACUGUUUGAAAGAGUGAAUGGAUGACUUCUAUUUCCUCACUACAGGGAACUAACAGAAACAAGAGCAGGGGAGCAGUUUCCCCUGUGAAGAUUGUCUGAAUAUUCUGGUUUGCCCAUAGAUGCUUUCUUGCCUUUUUUCCUGUCGCCGGUCAGCAAAAUGUACAACAAGCAUACAGAGUAAAUGUCUAGUUUAUAUUAUACAUCCCAGAUGAAUGAUGUGGUUAUGUCUAGUGACUCAUAUGGCUUUCAUCACCGGAUCAGUUGUUUAUAAAAUGGGAAAUGUUCAAUGAGUGGCAGGUAGCAAGGCAAUGGUAGACCUUUUAUUUGAUACGUGUCACUUGUUUUGUUUAGUUUCUUACGACCAGUAGCCUAGCAACCAUCCUAAUGUGUAAGAAUCUAAAGCAACCUAUGUCAUGUAAGUCACUGAAGAAGAAUGGCAACUUACAAGGCGCGUUGAUUGAAAAGGCCCAUGAAGUAAAAGUUUAAUCUGCACUCCAGUGACACUAAUGAUACCCACUAUUUCCAUAAUGGAUAUGACUGAAAACAAGGUUUUGCCAAUUUAAAGAUGUUUGCUGUUUUUUUUUUUUGGCUUUAUAAAUGCAGUACACCUGGACGUUUCUUCCACACUGCUGAUUUGAAUAUUGACCAUACUAUCUCAGUAUCACUUGUACAUAAGGAUAGUAAAUUAAGUUAUUUCUCUGAAUAUGUGUGUAUAUUACAAAGCAUGGACAGAAUUUCCCCACUCAUCCAAAGAAAAGUAUUAGAAAUAGAAACUUUCCCUACUAUCAAUUUUAGACUGUUGUGUUGGAGCUAUAUCUCUGACUGUAUAUUUAAGCCUGUGAAAAGGAGGAGGGAAACUAUACCCACUAUUACAAUGUCUGUGUGAACAUUUCUGGUUUGAAAGGCGCUGCAGAAAUAAAAUUGUGAAAGGAA